UGAUGACGUCAGCGGGACUUUCCGGGUAGCGCGAGGGCUGUCAGAUGUAAAAGCGUUACGAUCAGAAGAGAAAGAGGAAGAAAUUACAGCGAAAAUAAUGAAGGGAGAGAACGAUUCAUUCCUCUCCGACUGCCAUAACCAAUAAACGCUCCCUAAUCCAGCGCGAAGAGACUGAAGCAGCGAGCAGAAGCGAAUGUCAACAACGCGGCCCCUCCUCGGCAUGAAGCGGAUCCCCGAGCUGGCGUGCGCGGAGCCGCCGGGGAGCAGGCACCCUGCGGCCGCUGGCCAGCCGCAGCACGACGCGCUCACCGUGGACGAGUUCACGGUGCCCGAGGACAAGCAGGAGGAGCUCAGAUGCGUCAAGCCGCGGGUGGAGCAGGUGUUCCAGGUGGCCUUCACCAUCAUCGGCCUGCUGGACCCCACCGCAGCCCACGGCAGCAAAGCGUCCCGGCAGAUCUGGCUGAAGCUGAAAGGGAAGACAGGGGACGUCUCCAAGGCGAAGGAGUACGUGAAGGGCCUGUGUGCCCCUGAGCUCCAGCAGGUGGAGCUCUACCCCACUGACAUGCACUGCAUCUUCGUGGGGGCGCGGGGGCUGUUCCUGGAUCAGCUGCUGCGGGACACGAGCGCGGAGGUGGCGGUGCUGGAGCCGGGCCGGCUGCGGCUGCUGGGCGGGGCCGAGGCCGUCGUCAUGGCGCAGAGCCGCGUGCAGCAGUUCGUGGCGCUGUUCCAGCAGAACCGCAGCCUGCCGGGCGACAGCGAGCCCGCCGUCAAGCGCGCCUUCAAGACCUUCGUGGAGGAGCGCGCCGACAAGUACACCAUGGAGCUGCUGCUGCUGCCCAGCGCACUGAAGGAGGAGCUGCUGAACCUGGCGCGCAACGCAGCGGCCCCGCCCACCAACGCCCCGCCCACCAACGCCGCCGCCGCCCCGCCCCCCGAGCAGGACCGCUCCCAGACCAGCACCCCCGUCACCGACCUCUCCAACCGCAUCCUGGACACCUCAUUUGAGGACAAGGCGGCGGGCGCGUCCCCGGAGGCGCUGGUGCUGAACGGCCGCCCCUCCCACAAGCGGCGCUCGUCGGAGAGCGAGGCCCGCGACACCAAGCGGCAGUUCUCUCUGGAGAGGCGGGACAGGGACCUGGAGGAGGAGUGCUGCUGCAUCAGCAGCGACGGCCGGCAGGGGCCCCCUGCUGGCGAGGACGUGGUGGUGCUGGACAGCGAGCUGUCGGAUGACGCGGACGGCGUGAGCCCCGAGACCAACUUCAAGUGCCUGGUGAACUUCUUCAGGACGAUGGGCUACCAGCAGGACGUGGUGGAGCGCGUGGUGCGGGGCGCGGGGCAGAGGGACGACACCUUUCUGCUGCUGGAGCGAAUCGUGGAGGAGAGCCAGCGAGCGCAGCGAGCGCAGGUGCUGCGCACCCCCAGCCCCUCCUGCCAGCCCCCCGCCUCCUCCUCUCGGGCCAGAGAGUACCCCGAGGGCAAGGCCAAGGAGAACGUGCAGCCCGGCAGCAACGGCGUGGUGCAGUGCAGCGGUGUCCAGCAGAGGGCAGCCCUGAGGGGGAGCAGCAGCGCUCAGAGCGCACAAGACGUGAUCACCAUCGUGGACGACGGCGCCGAGGACGCGGCGGCCGACGGGAAGGGCCAGGCAGGAGGGAGGGCCAACUUCUCUGCCGUGGCCAAGAUGGACUACCUGUCGCGGGGCAGCUCGCGGGCGGGGCCGGAGCGCGUGGAGACCCUCACGCCCCUGCGCAGCAGCACGCAGCGCCUCCCGCUGGCCGCCGAGCGCCCCGGCUGCUCCUACCAGACUGUGUCCCCCAGGGUGCCCUCGGUGACGCCGCCCCCGAGGGCCGCGCCCCUCACGGGCGUGUCCCGCUUCCAGCAGUCUCUGCGCACGCCCUACAGACUCACCCUGCAGAACGAGCCGGGCGAGCCGGGCCUCCGCCACAUCAUCAUCGACGGGAGUAAUGUGGCCAUGAUGCACGGCUUGCACCGAUUCUUCUCCUGCAGAGGGAUCGCCAUCGCCGUGGAAACCUUCUGGAAGCGGGGCCACCGCGAGAUCACAGUGUUCGUCCCUCAGUGGAGGCAGAAGAGGGACCCCAACAUCACAGAGCAGCACUUCCUGACUCAGCUGGAGGAUCUGCGGCUCUUGUCUUUCACUCCUUCCAGAGAGGUGUGCGGCCAGAGGAUCUCCUCCCACGACGACAGGUUCCUUCUGCACCUGGCGGAGAAGACGGACGGGGUCAUCGUCACCAAUGACAACAUGCGGGAAUUCGUGGACACAUCAGAGGCCUGGAGACAGAUCAUCAAAGAGAGGCUGCUGCAGUUCACCUUUGUGGAGGAUCACUUCCUGAUUCCUGACGACCCUCUGGGCAAACAUGGACCCCAGCUGGACGAAUUCUUACGCAAGGACUUCAGGUGCACCCCGGUCCCCACGCCAGCGAGGUCGGAGCUGCGGGCGACACCCCCCAUCUAUGUGCAGGCCCUGCAGUCGGCCCCGCGACCCUCUCUGGCCCCCCAGACCAGGCCCCCGUCCCGAUGGCCCCACACCGGCCCCCCCGGGUGGCACCCCCCUCGCCCCUCGCCCUCGCCCCCGCCCCAGCGCUCUCCCGCAGAGACGGAGGACCUUAAGAAGAAGCUAUACGACAUCUUCCCCGACCAGAAGCCCCGCAUCGACCGCAUUCUGAGCGACAACCCCUACAUGCGGGACCUGAACGCGCUGUCGGGCCUGCUGCUGGGCUGAGCCCCGCCCCGCAGCAUUCUGCUCACGCCCUGAAGGGGCUGCCGUGGCGACGAUCUCCAGGCGACCCCCCCUGCAUUCGCAUCCAGCACGCUGACUUCCUGCUGCCCGCUGGUCCCAGAGAGGCCCUCAGACUGCUCCUCCAAUGGGAUCACAAAUGCUGGCAGUGGGCGGCACAGAUGUAUAUAUUGAUCAUAAAAGUUUUCUGAUAAUUUAUUUCUUCAGAUGAGAGACGGAGGGAGGAGAGUGGCCUCUCGGAGCCCGGGGGGGUGCUGUGUGUAGCUCUGCUGGAGGUGGGCACGGCCUUUUCCGGAGCCUUCUUUUGAGUUGCUGUAUUAUAGGAUCACUAAGCUUUGAUUUGUUUUUGUACAUGUGACAUGAAACGGCAUGAAAGCAAAAUGAAACA